GAGAGAUUCACAAAGUGAUGCUAUGUAUUGAUUUGCUGAACUUUACUUGGAAUUGCACAACAGUAGAAGUCAGGGAUUAAUGUUGUGCAAGCAAUCAUUGACGACAGCUUUAAAGUCUGUGUCAGAGUCCAGUCAGGUUAGGGUCUCCUCUGAACCAUUCAGUGAAUGAGCAUUGCUGUCUUUGGCUUUGUGUUAUUUUCUCUAUGGCAUCUGCUGACUCCAAAGCUCCUUUCUCUCUAGACUCCUACCAUGUCUCUGAGGAACUCGGCUUCGUCCUUCCUGACCCUCUGGAAGAGCUUCCACCUUACUACCAGCCAUGGAUGGAUGUUGCACUGCGGAUCCCAGAGCUUGUGAACUCUCAUGAGUUGCGCUCCCAUGUUAACAAGAUGCCGCUGCUGAGCAGCGAGUUUCUGCAGAAGCACCGAGAGUUACGGCUGGCCCACCUGGCCCUCAGCAUGAUGACCAUGGCUUACGUCUGGCAGGAGGGAGAGAACGACACAGUUGAGAUGCUACCAUGUAGCCUGGCUGUUCCAUUCUGGGAGGUGUCACAGCGCUUGGGAUUUCCCCCAAUCCUCACCCAUGCAGAUGGAGUACUGGCUAAUUGGAAGAAGAAAGAUCCAAAGGGGCCUUUUGACAUGGAGAACCUGGAGUUGCUGGUCAGCCUCCCAGGUGGAGAGAGUGUCCGAGGAUUCUUCCUGGUCACUCUUCUGGUGGAGCUCGCAGCAGUUCCUGGACUGAGGAGCAUUCCCACUGUGAUCAAUGGUGUGAAGUGUGGUGAUGCUGAGAUUGUGGCCAGAGCCCUGGAGGACAUCAGCCAAUCGAUACAGGAUAUGACUGAUGCUCUGAAAUUGAUGCAAGUGUACGUGGAUCCUGCAGUCUUCUAUGGCAAGAUGAGGAUCUACCUGUCUGGGUGGAGAGACAACCCUUGUAUGCCCAAUGGGCUGAUGUAUGAAGGGGUCCAGACAGAGCCGAUGGAGUAUUCAGGAGGGAGUGCUGCACAAAGCAGUCUGCUGCACUGUUUUGAUGAACUUUUGGGAGUCAGUCAUGAAGGAAAUAGUGGUUCCUUUCUAACCCGCAUGAGGAACUACAUGCCACCUGCUCACAAGCAGCUGAUCCAGGACAUUUCUUUGCACCCCUCUCUAAGGAGUUUUGUCCAGCAACAGACCUGCGAUCGCCUGAACCGGGCCUUUCAUCACUGUGUCACAAAACUGGUGGCUAUGCGCAGCUACCACAUCAAUGUAGUCAGCCGCUUCAUCACGGUCCCUGCUGCCCAGGCCCGACAACUCCGCAACCAGAGCCAGAGCUCAGAGGUGGAGUUGGUCAGCAAAGCACCCACAGCCCUGGAGGAGAGGGGCACCGGUGGCUCUGGCAUCAUGACCUUCCUAAAAAGUUGCUGCUUCACAAUGGGGUUGUCAUGUCGAAGCACAAUGCACAAUGCAGUGCCGAGAUGCAUCACUUAUCAGAGUGGUUACCUCAGCUGUCCUGCCUUCCUCCUCGAGCCCACAUCCAGCCCUCACAUGCCCCUCUAUACUUCCUGGACUGACUGUGUGGAAAACCCAGUGCAAUGAAGGGAUGGAUUGUGCCGUGAAUGGCUCAUGCCGUGUAAUUUUCACCUUUCCUGGCUCAUCUCCGCUGGUGUUUCAUUACAAUAACAGCCUUGCGAGAUCAGAUAAGACGGACGAUGUGGCAAUUAUACAUGAUGAUUUCCCCCAAUCUGAGUGAUCUACUUUAUCUUGAACUCUUUCUUUCCACAUGCUGGUCGGCAGAGUAGACAACAGGAGAGCAAAAGGCAGAGAAGAACAAUUACACAUGCAGCCUGUUAGGAUUUUAAUCUGAGAGAUAUUUCUUAAGCACAGAAGCUUUUAUGUCCCUCUCAAGUCAUUUACUAGGAACUAAGAAAUUGUUUCUCUGCAUCGAAGUUACCUAUUUAGACAUUUUUCUCAAAUGAAAUGAUCAAUUUCUGCCUUAAAUGUCUGAGAUGUAAUACCCUAGCUCUCUCUCUCUGUGUGUACCUGUUCCAUGUAUAAAGGACAUUUGAAAACAGCUCGAGUUGAACUGCAGUACUGUGCAAUCUAUAGAAAGCAAAAGAUUAAGACUAAAACACAAAUGAAUAAAAGAAGAUGCAAAAUGAUGAAAAGUAACAGA